CUUCGCCCUCGCCAUCGAGCCUUGACCACUCGAAUCCAUCGUCACCUCACCUCUCCUCCCUCCAAUACCGCUCGCCAAUCACACGUGAUCUGGACAUACAAUGCUCGCUCGGUCAUGCCUUCGUUCAGGAACGGUGCUCAAGACUGUGGUGAGACAGUCAACCAGGAGAACUACAUCGACAAACACAGGCAAUGCGGCAAAGAGCGAUAGGAGAUUGAACAUCGCCGGCACUGUGUCUACGGUUGCUGCGAUCGGAAGUAUUGGACUAUACUAUCAGCAAUAUGGGUUCGGCUUUUCAGAGGUACAUGCUAUGACCAUGGCUGAGGAGGGGUUACACCCGGCGCAUUAUCCAUGGGAGCAUCAAGGAUGGUUAAAGACUUUUGACCACCAAGCCCUUCGCCGUGGCUUCCAAGUCUACCGCGAAGUAUGCGCUUCCUGCCAUUCCCUCUCCCGCGUUCCGUGGCGCGCUCUCGUUGGAGUUUCACACACCGUCGACGAAGUCAAGGCCAUGGCUGAGGAGAACGAAUACGAUGACGAGCCCAACGACAUUGGGGAAAUUGUGAAGCGUUCGGGGAAGCUCUCAGAUUACAUCCCCGACCCAUAUCCCAAUGAGCAGGCUGCACGUGCUGCUAACCAGGGAGCGUAUCCUCCCGAUUUGUCUCUCAUGGUAAAGGCCAGACAUGGCGGUUGCGAUUACAUAUUUGCACUACUCACAGGAUACCCGGACGAGCCUCCAGCUGGGGCUGUAGUUCCGGAGGGGUUGAACUUUAACCCUUACUUCCCAGGAACUGGAAUUGCCAUGGCAAGAGUCCUGUACGAUGGCUUGGUAGAGUACGAGGAUGGAACCCCGGCCACUACCUCCCAGAUGGCCAAGGAUGUUGUCGAGUUCUUGAAUUGGGCCGCCGAGCCGGAAAUGGACGACAGGAAGAAGAUGGGCAUGAAGGUCAUCAUCAUCACCACCGUUCUUACGGCGCUCAGUAUCUGGGUGAAAAAGUACAAGUGGGCUCCAAUCAAGGCGAGAAAAUUGAUCUACAAUCCACCGAAGGCAUAAAUCCCCCUCCCUCGAACAAAAAUUCUUCAAACCUAAAAUAGAUUGUUGCUAUGGGAAACCGGGGGGAGCCAUGGGGAAAAUACUGGUAUCUGUUCUGUUGUGGAGAGCGGGGGAAUGUCAGAUAGAACCUUUUUUUUUUUCCUCAAAAAAAAUAAAAACUGAAAC